AGGGAGGAAAGGAAGGAAGGAAAGGAAGGAAGGAAGGAAGGAAGGAAGGAAGGAAGGAAGAAAGAAAGAAAGAAAGAGAAAGACCACUUGCUUCUGUUUUAAAGCACAGAUGCUGUUACAGUAACUGAGAUAAAGAAGGCUCCUGGUGGAGCAGGUUUGAGAUCAGGGGUUUGUUCUGGGCUACCUGUGAGGUGCCUUUUAGUCACUCGUGUGGUUGUGUGACAUUUAGUUGGACAUUGUGUCUGUUGAUUUACAGAGAUACCUAGACCUCGGCACACAGCCAUACCUGUGGCUGUGGUUUGUUAUAGGCUGGGUGUGUGAAGCAAAGCAAGGAAAGGGGAGAGACACGGGUAAAGUGAAGAAAGCCAGCCGCGGUGCUAUCUACAAGUUUGAGUGGUGCCACCAACGAAGCAUGUAAUUCCUCCACAACAGCUCAGGGCAGGCUUCUGAGAGAACGGUUAGGUGUUGGCGUGAGAGUCAGAUUACAGUUUUAAUACAGCGAGUCACUCCUGGGUUUGGGGAGGGGGUGUGGGGAACUCAAGAUUGCAGACACGGUCAGCGCAAGCUUGGCAGCAGGUCAGCAGUCCUCUGUGCUAAGUGCACAGGUGCACAAGUCUGGAAUUUGGAAGGAUUUAAAACCACAGAAGCCAAGUGUAGCAAUCCAUGCCUGUAAUUCCAGUACUUUAGAGGCUGGUGCAGAAAGAAGUUCAAAGGGGCAAAAAUAAGAUUCAAGGGAAGCCUUUACUACAUGGUGAGUUUGAAGCAGUCUGGAGUACAUGAAAUCUUAUCUCAAAGAGGGACCAUGGGAGCUGGGCUCAGUGGCGCAUGCCUGUGAUCCCAGCACUCUGAGUUGGUGGUACCCUUAACUGCUGAGCCAUCUCACCUGGGCCGAAGCUAGAACUUAGGGUGAAGAAUGUGGAGCCCCAGGGACUAACACCAAGACUGCCUCCCUCUCCCUGGCCCAGGCGCUGUUGGUCUGUCUUCUAAGUUGAAGUGGCAGUUCAUCCCACUCCCAUGCCCUUUAAGCCUUCUGCUUACAGACCGGUGACUACAGCAUCUAGAGCUAACAUACGCUGUUUUCUUUUCCGUUAUCCUGCAAUGCUAGGGAAACAAUCUACACCUGGACCACAUCCCAGCAUGGAUAUGCCCCAUUUUCUUUCUUUUUCCUAAUUCUAUAAAAUUAAAGUUAGGUCUCUAGUAAACUGGAAUACGCUGAAAUAGAGCUUCUUGCCCAUCAUGGCGGCAUGCCUGUACUCUGACCACUUGGCAGCUGGGGCGAGAGGGUCACUCAUCAGCUGGAGGCAAAUCUGCCCUACGUAGUGAAUUCCAGCCGAGCCUGGGCUGCAGUCUGAGGCCCUGUUUCCAACACCAAAACAAGAGCCAGGUGUGGUGGCCAUGCCUUUAUCUCAGCACUUGAAAGACAGGAGGAUCUCGGUGUUGCCGGUCGUGGGCAGCAUGGCUGCGUCUGCUGUCAGAGCGCUCACGGGUGCUCUCAGAAAGCCAGAUGCCUGGAUCGGACUAUGGGGCGUGCUUCACGGGACAUCCUCACACAAGCUCUGUGCUUCCUGGAAUCGAUACUUAUAUUUCUCUAGUACCAAGCUAAGCCCAUCAAAUUAUAAAACACUUUUCCGUAACAUUUUCUCUCUGCGACUCCCAGGGCUGUUAGUAUCUCCAGAGUAUAUUUUUCCAUUUUCCAUACGACUCAAAAGCAAUAUAAGCUCCAAGAAAUCCACUAAAAAGACUCUGCAAAAAGCUGCCGAUGACGAGGACUCCGAUGAAGACCCCGAGAGGAGCGAGCAGGAAGAGGAGCUUGAGGAGGAGCCCGGGGUGGUCAAGGACUACAAAGACCUGGAGAAAGUCGUACAGUCUUUCCGUUACGAUGUCAUCCUGAAGUCGGGCCUGGAUGUCGGGAGAAACAAAAUAGAAGACGCAUUCUACAAAGGUGAACUCAGACUGAAUGGGGAGAAAUUAUGGAAGAAAAGCAGAACGGUGAAGGUGGGAGAUACACUGGAUCUCAUCGUAGGAGAGAGCAAAGAGACAGGAACAGAGGUGGCAAUGCGCAUCCUCCUGAAAGCCGUCUAUGAAGAGAAGACGGAAAGCAACAAGUACCGAGUGGUGUUGCGACGGUGGAAGAGCUUGAAGCUGCCAAAGAAGACUAAAUAAACUGGCUUCUACCCACAGGCUGCCUCCUGGUUGUCAUGGGGCAGCAUAAAAAGACAUUCUUACUGAAAUAAAGUUCUCGUGUCAUUUGUGGAA